AUGGCGGAUCAAGUGACGUUAAAAUUGAAAGAAGCUGAUGAUAAUAAGGCGAAAGAAGUCGCUGAACUAUAUGGGUUCGAAGUUAAGGUAGGUUCGGUCUUAUAGUUAAUUUAUUGGCUUUGGAGGGUUGAGAGUAAACAUGGACGACGGGCCGGGCCAUUCCAUAUUUUUCUAGGUCCGGCCCGUUGUCUAUGUCUAGUUAGAAAGGGGAUGGAGCUUAUUUUGGCUUGAGAAAGGGAAAGGUAGGGUGUCUUGAGCUCUGGGUAAGGGCCGGAGAGGGGGGGAGGGGGGUUGAUUGCGCGAGGACAGAUAGGUUCUUCUUUUGGUACUCUUAUCACUUUGAAAAUAGUCUUACCUUUCAUAAAAUAAAAGUCAAAUUCUAUUUAGAAUAAAUAUAAAUCAAUACCUUUAGGGCGAAUCUUUUAUGGAGUCUCACUACUUCCUCCACUACAGUAACCCUUCCUUGACUGUAGAACAGAAGCAGACCCAAUUGGAGCAGCUAAACAGUGAUCCAUUUGUACAUUGGGCCAAAUCGACGAGCCCAAAAAGCGUGUAA